AAGACCCCACCUUGUUUCACUCCCCUGUCCUCUGCUACUUGACCCUUCGGCUCUAGCAGCUGGAGGCUGCACUGAAAACACAAUUACAGUUACAAAAAAAUCAUCAGAAACAGAAGAAAAAAACAGAAAUUUCAAAAACACUGAAAAAAUUUUCGUUCUCUGAAACGAAAACGAUGGCAAAAUGCUCGUUUCAAUCUACUGACAUCCCCCUGUUAAAGAGCCUCGAUGGGCUCCGCCACCUUGCAGAAACACGCCGUUUCAAGGCGUGGUUCUUGGAUCAAUUUGGGGUCCUUCAUGAUGGAAAUUAACCUUAUCCUGGUGCAAUUUCUACAUUUAUGUAUUCAAAUUAGAAAAGAUAACAACCACUGGUGCAGAAACGGUGAUUAUAAGUAGCUCUUCAUGGCGUGCUUCAACCACCAUAGAAAAGAUUAAGAGCCUUGGAUUUAAUACUUCUCUCUUUGUAGGAGCUAUCAUUGGUGGAAAAUUAACACAUUAGUACUUGCAAAGCACUUGGAAGGUCUUGCAUUCACAUGACUUGGAGUGAUCGUGGUGCUUUAUGCCUUGAGGGGCUCGGCCUUCAAGUCGCAGAGAAAGUAGAAGAAGCUGAGUUUAUCUUGGCCCAUAGUACUAAAGCUUUGGGGCUCCCUUCAGGAGAGGUACGACCUACUAGUCUUGAUGAUCUCAAAAAAAUAUUGGAGCUUUGUGCAGUUAAGAAAAUUCUAAUGAUUGUAGCCAAUCUAGAUUAUGUGACUGUUGAGGCAAGGGCUCUGCGUGUUAUGCCCGGUACAUUGGCACCCAAAUAUGAAAAGCUUGGAGGUGAAGUGAGAUGGAUGGGCAAGCCUGAUAAGAUAAUAUAUAAAUCAGCGCUGAACAUAGCCAGUGUUGAUGCUAAAGACUCUAUUGCUGUGGGCGAUUCCCUUCACCAUGAUAUCAAGGGAGCCAAUGCAGCUGGAAUCCAAUCAGUAUUUACCACUGGAGGAAUCCAUGCAAAUGAGCUUGGACUAAGCAGUUUCGGAGAAGUUUCAAAUUUAUCUUCUGUCCAAACUCUUUCAUUGAACUAUGAUACACAUCCAUCAUAUGCGUUACUAGCAUUCAUAUGGUAAAAUCAAAUCAAACUAAGUACUGGGUAAAAUAAUCUUAAGUCUUUAACAAAUCAACUGAACAAUUUCACAUCCCUAGGUAAUUUCUUUAAAGAAUGUUCUCAAAGUUGCUUUUGUUGGGCCUAGCACAUUUCAUACUUUUUCUUUGUUUUGCAGGUAGUGUAGCCACUUAGUUGGAAAGUGAAAUUCCUUAAGACCGAUGUCGUAGAGAUUUGAAGAAAAUAUAAAGACGAUCAACGCCACAAACCACUAGAUCAUUGCUUCUUCUUAAAAUUGGGGCUUCUUCAUGAUGCCAUGGUACCAUGAACUAAUUGUGAUGACGAGGAAUAUUUGCACUGGUGGGAAAAAAUUGCAGGCUUCUCUGCUUAUAAUGUUGUUUGACUCAUGAAUGGUGUUUGGAAAUUAUGACUUGUUUAAUAAUUGAAAAAAAAGACUGCAGAAGAAAAUUUCAUAUUUUGGAACUUGAGUGUACAUAAAGUGGGAGAGUGAUAAGGGUGUACAACAGUUUCGCAUUUGGGUUAGGGUUUAA